AUGUCUUUGGAGAAGAUCACCUUCUUUGAUCUCCCUAGCAAGGAGCCGUGUAAUUCGUGGUCCCUCAACCCAUGGAAGACUCGCCUGUUGCUCAACUACAAGGGUUUGGAUUACGAGACAAAAUGGGUUGAAUACCCAGACAUCAAGCCGACGCUGCAGCCUCACGUCAAGCCGAAUGACACGCGCUGGCCAUUCACCAUCCCUGCCAUCAAGUUCCCCGACGGGACCUGGGCGCAGGACUCGCGCGUCAUCGCCGACCUCAUCGAGGCGCGCCACCCGGAGCCCUCCGCGCACCUCGACUCGCCCUACCAGGCGCGCAUCGAGGCCGUCCUGCCGCGCGCCUUCCGCCCGCUCAUGGCCAUCGGCCUGAACCAGAUCCCGCGGCGCCUGCUCAACCCGCCCAGCGUCGAGUACUGGGUGCGCGACCGCACCGCGGUCGUCGGCGGCGACCUCGCGGAGCACGAGGCCAAGAACGGCGGCACGGCGGCGUUCGCGGCCGCCGCGCCGGGCUUGCAGGAGGUGACGGCGAUGUUGAAGGAGAACCCGGACGGCCCGUUCUUUAGUGGGAGGGAGGUGAGCUACGCGGACUUUGUAUGGGUGGCGGCGCUAUACUUUUUCAAGCGCAUCGGCGAGGACGUGUACGAGGGUGCGCUGGAGGCUUCGGGAGAUCGAAAGGUGCAUGAGGAUAUUCUCAAGGCUGCGGAGCCGUGGUUGAAGCGGUGCGAUUACUGA